AUGAUAGCAAAAUUUUAAGAACUAUAAGAGAAGAAAGCUUAUAUUCCAGACCAAGUAUAAAUAAAUACUAGAAGGCAUCCAAUAGCUAAUGUUUUAAUAUGUUUAUUAGUAGAUAGACUACUCCACGAAUAUCAGCAAACAAAAGUAAUUAAUUUCUUAUAGCAUCUAAAUAGAUCUUGUUAUUCGAUCAUUGA